AUGGCACCUUCUGUAAUGGCUCUAAGAAGGCCAAUUCUACAUAAAGUGUUGGACUAUGAGAAUGAGUACUUUGCCUUGUUGAUGCUAGUUUUGGAGACUCAUAGCAUGAGAACUACGGAUGCAUCUUUCUCAGAGUCAUUGUAUGGCUUGCGAAGAAGAACAGUAAGAUUGAAAUUGAAAAAAGAUGAUCUUCAUUCCAACUCCACAGAUGGGAUUCAGCUUUCUGGGAUAGAAAAGCACCAAAGAGUCCUUUCUGUUGUCUUUCUGGUUGUGUUACCGUAUUUUAAGUCAAAAUUGCAUUCAAUAUAUAGCAGAGAAAGGGAAACUGCAGUGCGUGCAAGCUUAUGGGGACCAGGUGAUGAAAGCUUUGAUGAUGCUGACUAUCUAGAUGUGGCAGAGAAUCCAGUUGAUCAGAGUAGAACUUCAGAUCAAGAUCUGUCAUCAAGAGAACAAAUCUUGCAGGGAGCAAAGAAAAUUAUAGCUGCGUGUUACCCCUGGAUACAUACUGGCCAUGAAGGAUUAACAUUUGCUUAUCAAACAUUGUAUCUGUUGGAUGCUACUGGGUUUUAUUCUCUUGGAUUGCAUGCUUUAGGGAUCCAAGUCUGUCGGGCUACUGGACAGGAACUGAUGGAUGCUUCUUCAAGAAUAUCAAGGAUGAGAAGUCGUGAACGUGAGAGACUUCGUGGUCCUCCAUGGUUGAAGAAAUUGCAAGGAGCAUUGCUCAGCUGUAUGUAUGCAGCACUUGAUUAUUCACAGACAGGCUUAAUUGCUGCCGUAUUUGUAUUCAAGAUGAUGGAGUGGUGGUACCAGUCAGCAGAGGAAAGGAUGUCUGCACCGACAAUUUAUCCCCCACCACCACCGCCUCCAGCCCCAAAAGCGGCUAAAGAGGGUAUUCCACUGCCGUCAGACAGAACAGUUUGUCCUUUGUGUUCGGAAAGACGUGCAAAUCCUUCAGUUGUUACAGUAUCAGGAUUUGUUUUCUGUUAUGGUUGCAUAUUCAAGUAUGUUUCUCAGUAUAAGCGGUGCCCAGUCACACUCAUCCCUGCUGAAGUCGAGGACAUUAGACGGCUCUUCCAUGACAUGUAGACUAUGUGAAAACAUGGUAAUUGCCAAUGUGCUUAUCUUGGCCGUGUUUCUUUUAUUUUCUGACCUGAAAGAUGUUUCAGUGUUCAUUAAGUGGUAUGCUGUAAAUAGUUUUAUCCCGAUAAUAUUGCAUUUUAUAAAGAUAUAGAUUUGUGUAAA